UUGUAACUGACCCAUUAGCCGCUCUGGGAAUGGGACCAAAAAUCACCAUCAAGAAAAACUUUGCCUUUUUUCGGAUGAUCCCGCUCCGAUGGCAUCUUUUUAUCCAAAGGGAAUAAACUUUCUUUAAACUGAAAAGAAGGAGCAAAUGCAAGAAAUUUUCAAAUGGGAUAAAACUUGAGUAUUUUUUUUCCCCUUCUAAUCAGGCUUAUGUUUCAUUGGGGCCAUUUUUUUAAUAUGAUUUUUUUAAAGUGAGGUGUGAAAAUGUUCUGUCUAUUAGAAUAAAGCAGCGGAAGUCUAUUGUGAGAGAGGCAGUGAUUUUCUAAAGGUGCGUCCCUGGGGGCCCCUUUGCAUGGCGCUGAAAGGUGCAGGACGAGGCAGGGAAGUUUACAGAUUUCCAUCCGAGGGAAACAAACAAAAAAUGGCAAAGUGGUUCAAGGAGUUCCCCCUGGCCCUGAAGAACGGUACGGACAAGAUCCGGUCAGUCUCUGAGUCCGGCUCCCAUCCCAGAGCAAAUAAAGCCGGGCUGAUGAUCAGCAUCGGGACCAAAACGGGCCACCGGAAGAACUCCUCUGUAGACAGCGCAGCAGGAGGUGUCGGCGUCGGCUCCCUGCUGUCCGGAAAGAACCGAAAGAACUCCGGUGCAGAGGUCAGCAGGAACGGGGUUGGUUCCCAGAAAGACGGGAAGGUUUGGGACACUUUGCUGGCGGGGAAAAGCCGCAAGAACUCCAAAGCAGAGGCGGCGUUGGAGGAGCAACACAGACCCCUGAAGACCUCCCCGCCCGUCUGCGCCUACAUCAGCCGGAUGAUAAGAGUGGACAAACAGGACAAAAGCACCAACUUUACAAUCAGUGGUACCGCCGGCGGCCCAGUGAGCUCUGAGGCAGAGAAACCUGCAGCGCAGUCCAAAACGGAAACAUUGAUCAUUGUGGAGGAUUACGCAGACCCGUUUGAUGCCCAGAAGACCAGAGAGCAGAGGGACGCAGAGAGGGUCGGGGAGAACGACGGCUACAUGGAGCCGUACGACGCACAGCAAAUGAUAACCGAGAUCAGACGUCGGGGAUCUAAAGACCUGCUGAAGGUGUGCAUGUCGACAGACGGGAGCGAGGGACCUGCGGAGAAAGGUCAGCCAGCUGCCAUCUAUGACAACCCGUAUGAAGGAAGCCGUGACGGUGAGCAGACGAAGCCGGAGCUUGACCAGCGUCCCGUAACCGAGUACGAGUUGCCAUGGGAAUGGAGGAAGCGGCACAUCGUCCGGACUCUGUCGGCACAAUUUGACAACCCAGUCAAAGAGGAGACGUGUUUUCAUACACUCACCAUGCAGACCCAGAUGCUGCAGCAGCAGCAUGUGAGGCAAAAAAGCAGAAGCCAAAAGAUCCUGAGAUCCUCUCACCCGACUCUGCUGCCGUCUACGCUUCCCUGCAGCAGCCCUGAUGGAGAGGCGUGCUGCGUGGAUCCACUGCUGCCCCUGGAAAAGCAGAGCUGGUACCACGGCUGCGUGACCCGGCAGGAGGCCGAGUUCCAGCUGCAGUCCUGCAGAGAGGCCAGCUUCCUGGUCAGGAACAGCGAGUCAGACAGCAGCAAGUACUCCAUCGCCCUCAAGACCAGUCAGGGUUGCGUUCACAUCAUCGUGGCCCAGACCAAAGAGAACGGCUUCACUCUGGACCAGAGCAGCUGCGUGUUCCCCAGCAUCCCGGAGGUGGUGCACCAUUACCGCACCAGCCGCCUGCCUUUCACCGGGGCGGAGCACAUGACGCUGCUCCACCCCGUACCUCGCAUCCACUGACUCUGACCUUAAAACCUCAAACGGAUUUGAAGCAGAGAUGAGAGGAAAUAAUCUAAGAAAUGAUGUUUUUUUUUUGUCUGUACAACUACAACCCUCACAAAUGUGUUUUUGUUGUUGUUGUUGCUGAUUUGAUGUUUAAAAUGUGCUCAGCUGCCUGGGUUUUAUUCACUUAUUUUACUUUCAUGUGCAGCUGAUGCAAAACAUCCAGGCUGCUAUUUUGCAUGUGAACAAGCCCUGCAGAAAUGACAAGGCACCUUUUUCUGAUUUAAAUGUGACCUGAUUUCAGGAUGUGUUAUUAGCUGUGCCUCUAAGUAAAACUGCUGCUUUAUUGUUAAGUUAAAUUUCCAGAUAUCUGUAACAUUUGAGUUUAUCUCUCCUGCCCUCUAGUGGACAAGGAGGAUGAACUGCACUUUUACCAAGACAAAGACUUGCUCCAUGCAUUAAAACACAACUAAAUAUAUGGAAAACAGAUCAUCUCAGAGCAGUUUCAUAAAAUUGUAAUUUAUGCAUUUGGUUUCGGCAUCAGCUGUCCCAUGAGGAUUUUUUUUUUUUCCGUUUUACUGUGAAUGAGGGAGCAGUUUCCACUGCGUUGUGUGCGCUGGGUGACUGGGUGAUUCACCCCAAAACAAUGUGCGAGACAGAGCUCCAGUUCAGCAGUAAUUGUACUUUUUACUGACAAAGACCCGAGGAUCAGGCUUAACAUGUUUAUUCAUUUCAGGGAGCGAUACAGUGAUUCCCAACCUGUAGGGGAGGCAGAGAGCUAAGAGAUGGCCGAUCAGCGCUUGGGGGAUGGGUUGAGACUUUUAAAAUGUUGUGCUCUACUCCUGGCACCCUUCAUGCAGAUUUGUGUCAAAGUUGUUGGAGCAUACAGCGAAACCUUUGACCAUUCCUCUUUGCUUUCCCUCCACAUUCUCCUGACUUUGCUCUUCUCGCCUAAGAUGAGAGAAAAGAUCGGAUUUAGAUCUGCAUCCUGAAGGCCGAUUUUGUGUCUGGUGAACCGUUUCCGUGUUAAUUUGGGCGUUUGUUUUGGUUCCUUUUGUUACGGGAAAGCCUCAGAAUACCAACUCAGACCACCGGAUUUCUAUUAAAAAUGUUCUGGUAUUUAAGAGACUGUGUAAUGCAAUGUACUCUAGCAAAAAUAUUCCAAUUUACUUGAAUGAGAAACCAGAAACCACAUCGCCCACAUGUCGUAUUUAUUGCAGGAACGCUCAGUCUUAGUCUGAUCUGACCAAAGCACCAAGUUGUUGUACUGAGAGCCAAAGGAUUUGAAUUAUAACAAAGGUUUCAGAAUCUUUGUAGGAGAAACCAACCCACGGCAUCGCAGAACCUCAGCUUCAUCUCACAUGCAGCUUAUGUUAUGGUCCAUGUAAAUGUUUACGUUUGUGACAGUAGGAAAGUUUUGUUUUUUUCUGGCAUGCAGAUCUAAUGGUUUUCCUGUAGGCCUGGCGAUGUUAAGGUACAACUCUUUGCUGCCUCUGAGCUUGUUUGUGUCUGGAGCCAAGAUAAAUCUGAUCCCUCUUACAGCCUUGUUUGUUGCUGUUCUUGUUUUUAAAUGUUUAGACAAUCUGACCUUAUAGACACCUCAGGUGAGCAGCUUUUCAAAUUGGAAUGACAUGUUCUAGAGUAUUUCUUAUUUUGCAGAAAUAGAAAAAUAAAAAUAGAAAAAGGUCUCUGUGUCCGUACACAUUCCUUGGAACUUUAAUUUACAAGAUAUAAAAUAUUUUAAUCAGUUGAGGCUUAUCUUAAAGGGACUGGUGUGGCUUUGAAUUAUUAUUGUUAUUAUUUUGUUGUUCUUUGUUCUUUAUUGCAUGUUUUCAGGUAAAUUCUUUCUUCAAAUAUUCUCUCUUUGCUCGCGUCAGCUGAUCUGUUUGAUUCUUUACUGAGUUUUUAAAACCGUUGGAAAUUCUGCUUCGAUAAAAAAAAAAAAAGAAGAAAUCACCACUGACCUUUAAAUGUUCCUUAUUCUGAUAGCUGAUGCCUAAAAGAGAGGCGGUUCUCCCUCCAGGUGAGACAGUCCUGCCACUUUAAGGGGAAAGUCGCUGAUGGGGGAUGUUUGGAUGUUCCCUGAAAGUCUUUAGGUUUUACUACCUGUCAGCUCAAACAUGCUCAGCCUUAUGUCUUAUUCUAGUGGCAUGCUGGAGACCAGGAUUCAGCCUGAAGCCGAGUUUCAGGCCGACAUCACGGUCUCAGAUACUUGAACGUUAACCAUUUACGUGCCACUUCACAGUGUUAUUGUUUUAAGUCAAUGUGUUUUGAUGUAAUUUAAAUGGAAACCAGACUAAGUGGUCCUGAAUGUGCUGAAUCCCAAUAAAACAAGCAAUGGAAAA